AUGCUCCAGUCAGCUGCCCUUGUCGUCGCUGCCGCUGCGCUCGCCGCCGCCCAGGCCCCGUCGUACGCCCCGAUCCGCGUCGACUGCCCGUCCGCCGCGCUCAUCGGCCGCCUCGGCGACCCGACUCGCGGCAACCAGACCCUGCCGCCCGACGAGCAGCAGUACAUCGACAACCGCCGCAACAAUGUUCUCCCCGACUUGUGGCAGCAGUACCUCAACGACAACGCGACGGGCUCGACGGGCUACUCGGCGUCCGAGAUCGUUGGCGGCCAGCCCAACCUCGGUAUCGCCAUCUCGGGCGGCGGCCUGCGCGCGUCGCUGUACGGCGCCGGCACCCUCUCGGCCCUCGACGGCCGCAACUCGAGCACGGCCGGCCCGCUCCUCCAGCUCGCGUCGUACCUCGCCGGCCUGUCGGGCGGCUCGUGGACCGUCACGUCAGUCGCGCUGAACGACCUCGAGCCCAUCUACUCGCUCGUUACCGGCGCCAACAGCUCGAGGACCGGCGGGUGGCAGCUCGACCGCGACAUCCUCGCCCCGAGUGGCCUGCUCGGCUUCAGCGACAACGGGAACUAUUACGACAGCCUGGAGGAGGACGUCAGGGCCAAGGCGGCGGCCGGUUUCCCCAUCUCGAUCACGGACCUCUGGGGACGCGCCCUCGCCUACCACUUCCUGAACGGCACGACCGAGGACAACUUCUUCAGCACCGACGCCGCACACGACCAGGGCACGCUCUUCUCGUCGAUCCGGUACACGACGUCGUUCCAGUCGGGCCAGAUGCCGUACCCGAUCCUCGCCACGACGUCGCGCAUCAACGAGAACCAGCAGCUCACCAACGACUCGACGUCCGUCAUUCCGCUCGAGAACACGGGCUUCGAGAUCUCGCCGUUCACGUUUGGCUCGUUCGAGGCGACCCUCGCCGCCUACAUCCCGCUCGAGUACCUCGGCACCCAGCUGUCGAACGGCCAGCCGACCAACCGCUGCGUCAACUACUUUGACAACGCGGGCUUCGCCAUGGGCAGUUCGGCCAGCCUGUUCAACGCCGUCCAGGAGGGUUUUGUCGGCGCCACCUUCUCGUCGCUCCUGUCGAACCUGCUCCAGGCCGUCACCGACCUCGACCCGCCCGAGGGCUCGGUCGCUCUCGUCGCCAACUACCCGAACAGCUUUGGCAACUUUACGCCCGACACGGGCUACUCGUUCGAAUCAGCCGGCGAGCAGAUCCUCCAGGUGACGGACGGCGGCGAGGACGGCCAGAACGUGCCCCUCAUGCCCCUCCUCGCCAAGGCCCGUGCGCUCGACGCCAUCUUUGCCGUCGACGGCUCGGCCGACACGAGCGAGACGUACGCCAACGGGACGUCGCUCGUCGCGACGGCGCAGAAGGUGGAGCUGCACGCCCACAACUACACGCGCUUCCCCGACAUCCCGCACAACCAGCAGGAGUUUGUCGACCAGGGCCUGACGACGCGCCCGACCUUCUUCGGCUGCAACAUCUCGGACGCCAACAUGGGCAACUACUCGAACUAUCCGAUCAUCAUCUACCACCCCAACUCGGCCGGCGCCAACCCGGGCGCGACCAACUACAGCACGUUCAAGCUCUCGUACGAAGACUCGGAGACCAUCUCGUUCCUCGACGCCGCCAACCUGUACGCCAAGCGCGGGUACCCGGACCCCUCGACGCCGACCCAGCCCGACGAGCAGUGGCCGCUGUGCCUCAAGUGCGCCGUCGUCGACCGUGCGCGCCAGCGUGCCGGCGUCGCUCGUACCGACGCGUGCCAGGCGUGCCUCAACCGCUACUGCUGGAGCCCCGAGAUCGCCGACCAGCUCGUCAACGCGACGCAGACGGCCGGCAACAACACGCCGGCGUCGGGUGGCGGUGGCGGCGGCGGUGCGUCGCCGUCGAGCGGUGCGGCGCGCGCACUCGCGCUCCCGGCCGGUGGCGUCGUCGCGGCAGCGGCGGCCGUCCUCGGCGGUUUCGCGCUCCUCGCGUGAGCGUGAGCGUGAGCUCUUUGGCGAGCGAGAGCCGACGUUGGAGCGGUGGGCUCGGCGCAGACGAGGACGGCGCCGAGAUGGACGUUGCCUCGACUUUCCCUUUUCCCUCUCUCCCUCUCUCCCUCUGCAUGCCUCAAUCGCAUAAUCCAGCAUGUCCUCAUGUCGUCACACCCGGCCUGCUUGUAUCGCCCCCUCCCCUCUCUCUGGAAUGCAACCCUGCGCCCUCGACUUUUCCUUC